AUGGAGAGAACUCUUUUUACCGUAUUCAAAGGUCAUGGAGUUUACGGUUUUAUCGAUGGGAGUUAUCCUUGUCCUUCACCUACUCUAACUACUAUUUCACAAGAGAUUCUUCAAGCUAUUAUCAAACCCAAUCAUACUCUAACCUCUCCUGAAGCUUGGCUUCAAAUAGAACGUUUAUUUCGUGAUCAAGUUUCCUCUCGUACUCUCCAACUUAAAGUUCAGUUUCAUAACCUUAAAAAAGGCGAUCUCUCCAUUAAUAAAUAUGUUCAUCACCUCAAAUCUAUUGCAGAUGCUUUAACCUCUAUUGGCAAUCCCAUUUCUGAGACAGAUCUAGUCCUUCAAAUCCUCUCUGGCCUGCCUGCUGAAUAUAUUUCCAUUAGUACCUCUAUCUCCACUCGUGUCCCUCUUCCUUCUUUUGUUGAAACUCGUUCUCUUCUUUUUCUUCACGAGUCUCAAUUGGCAAGUAUCUCUACUCCUCCUUCAGAUCAAUCAACCACAGCCUUUGUUGCAAAACAACAAUUUUCUACUUCUCAUGGUCGAGGUCGUGGUAAAAAUUAUAAUGGAGGUCGUAACUCUAAUGGCGGACGAGGUAGAGGCCGUCAUAAUCAUGGAUACUCAAUGCCUUUUGUUGCCAUGCCUCAUCAAUUCAACCCUCGACCUCGUGCUUCCUCUAUUUUAGGCCCACCACCGCAAUAA